GCUCAUAUAAUUAAGAUUCCUCCAUCUUCUACGUCAAACCUUGCCAAACACUCUAUAAUAUAGUCACAAAACCCAUUACACAUUAUUCAAUACAUUAUUUCUUCCAACCAUAAAUAGUUCUUAAUCUUUGUAUAUAAGAACUCAUUGGUGUAGACAUAGAAGAAAUCCAAGAAGCUUGAAACUAAAUCAUUGUUGGUAAGAAAAAUCGAGAGUACUAUUGCGAAAAUUCAAAGAUGAGCUACACGACGCCAAUCGUUAGUAAACUCUAUUGUUCAACAUCGCAGACGAUGUUCGGUGUGAGGAAAAGGCCACACGUGGUGAAUGGAGGUGGUUUUGUUGUCACGGAUUGUAGUACUCAAAAGGUUGUAUUCAAGGUUCAUGGCUGUGGUAUUCAUGGCAAAAAAGAUGAGUUGAUUCUUAGAGACGGUGAUGGAGAAGCUUUGCUUCUCAUGCGUCGAAAGGGAGGUAUGGUUGAGGCUCUAAGUAUUUACAAGAAGUGGAGAGGUUAUAGUGUAAACUAUGAAGGAUUACAGAAACUUAUUUUCAGCUUAAAAGAACCUGGAAAUUCAUGUUUGGUUAAGAAUAGAGGAAUCAAAAUUUCUAUUGAGUCAAGUGCGGUUGGAAACAAAGGUUGGGACUUUGAAAUUAAGGGCUAUUUUCCUGAUAAGCAUUGCAGCAUUGUGGACAAUAGAGGCAACAUCGUAGCACAGGUUGGGAUGAAUAAAGAAGUUGAGAAAUUGAUGGAAAGCAAGGAUUUGUAUCAUGUGGUAGUGAAACCAGGGAUGGAUCAAGCUUUUGUUUUUGGAGUUAUAGCAACUCUUGAUUAUAUUUAUGGAGAAUCUACAUAUUGUUAAUUAAUCCAAAGUAGUGAAGAAGAAGAAGAAUAUAGCAUAUGCUAUAUAGUAUGGUUUUGAUGUGAUUAUUUCUAUGAAAAAUUGGUUCAAUUUUCUCCUAUCAUCAUCACAUUGAUAGUGGUUAUUAUUUGUAACAAGUAAAGGGAACUUCUUUGUAUAUUAUGGCAAGGAUAUUAAUUGAUUUGGUUGUUAAUUUGUUGUGUUAAAUAUUGUUCCUUUCGUUUUGUUGGACAAUGAUGUGUGUAAAAGUUAUAUUGUUUAUAAACUAGUUUCGAAUCUUUCUAUGAA